CUCCCUCACGAACCGAGGCCGAUCUCGACUUCAACAUGAAAUUGGCAGUCACCCCCACCCGCACAUGAAUUCAUGAGCUUCUCAAUAUAAGACAAACCUCUGACGACCGAAUACACGACUGUUAUCUGCCGCUCGCAGCGCAACCACGGGCCGGGGCGCCCUGGUGAUCUCGUGAUCCCCGCGGCCAUCGAUCUCAACCUCGACCUCAACCUCGACCUCGACCUCGACCUCGACCUCGAUCUCGGAACAGCGACCAAGCGAGAGAGAAUCCGCAAGCUCGCGACAGGCCGACCGCCGCGAUGGACCAAGCCGACAUCCCCGCCCUCCUCUCGCGCCUCGCCUCCGACGAGGACGCCGUCCGCAAGAUGGCCGUCUUCAAGCUGCAGAGCUCCAUCAACGACCCGGCCUUCGCCGACGUCUUCAUCUCUUCCGGCGGGCUCGUCAUCCUGCGCCGCCUGAUCAUGACCACCGGCGGCAACACGCUCGCCUACUCGCUGCAGAGCCUGACGCGCCUCCUGGACGUCGACAUGGGCUGGGAUAUCUUCGAGGGCCCCGCCGCCGGCGAUCUGGUCGAGCGCAUCGUCGAGCUGAUCGUGACCAAUCCGCUCGUGAAUAUACUGCGCGGCGCAAUGUCGAUUUUGGUGGCGCUUGUGGGCAGGCUGCAGUCGCCGAGUGGUGGCGCCGGCGGCCCGCCGGGCUCGCCUGGCUCGCCUUCUGCCGGGGGCAAUGGCGUUGGUGGUAGUGGUGAUGGUAGUGCUGCUGCUGCUGGGAAUGCUGGGCCUUCGUCUCGGGCACCAACCGCGGUCCGCGCGCCCGGAACGUUUGGCUUCCGUGCGAUCAAGCCGGCCGUCGCUGUCUACCCGCAGUUUUUCGAGCUGGUCAUCCAGCAGUUGCAGAGCGCUGACCAUGCGCUGUGCGCCAACGCGCUGAUGCUGAUUAACGCCCUGAUUCGAGACGCCGUCACCACCGACGGGAGCGGUACAGCAGGCCUACAGGCCAAGGGUUCCGCGGUUGGUGCCGGCGAGGAGUGGAGCAAGUUCAUCAAGCGCCUGCAAGAUCUGGGCCUCAUCCGCGCCGUAUAUAAUCUCCUGCAGAGCUCGGCGCUGCAGGACCUCGCGCACCCUCUGCUGGAGUUCCAGUCCCUGACGAAAGUGCUGUUGAGGAAAUGGAGGGAGGUGAGGGUCGAUCUCGAGAGGCCUGAGCACAGACGCGCGCUAAAGGGGCUACACCUCGCUAGUGCACCGGACAGGAGACAUGCGAAUGGGGUACCUGGCACGGGGGCUACUGUUGCCAGCGAGGAGGCGGACGGCUUGAAGAAGGGCAGCAGGAGACAUAACCCGGAGAAAUGGCGGCGGCUGGGCUUUGAGACCGAGUCCCCUGCUCUCGAGUUCGAGACGGCUGGGUUCCUCGGUAUGAUGGACCUGACCGACUACGUGAGGAAGAACGAAGACGAAUUCCAGAAAUUGCUGCUCGAGCAGUCGACCAGGCCUCUGAGCGAGCGGUGUCCGGUCGCCAGGGCGAGCCUGGCUGUCACCAUGAUUCUUUAUGAUCAUUUCGACGUCGAUAAGUCAGACCUGGAGGACCCCAGGGGCUUCCUGGCCCUGAACGACGCCAAGACCCACGACAAGCUGUUCCGACCGCUGCUGCUGCAGUGGUCGCGGCUGCACACGGCUGGUCUUCACGCCUUCUUUCGCCUGUGGAAGUCGACGGGCGCUCAGCGCGACGACUUUGACAAGGUUGCGGAGCUAGUGCGUGUGCUCGUCGAGCACGUGGUGGGCCAGGCGGGCAGGACUAAGGAUGUGCUCGAAGUCGAGGAUGAACUGCAGGAGUACGACGCUGCACGGCUGCGCGAGCUGCAGAUGGAGCUCUUGGAGCUCUCCUUCGAGGACCAGUGGGGCGCACACCUGUCGCAGGUCCGUGAGGAGCUCAAGCGUGAAUCGCUGCAGUUCGUCAAGGAGCAGCGCAUCCGCUGCCUGCUGCAGGGCAGCUGGUUCACCAAGCCAAUGCCGCACCGCCGGCAGGAGAGCUACCCCAAGCGGCAGUUGUACCAGCCCUGGCGCUUCGCCAAGCUGUCCCACAAUCGCCGCUACCUGCACUACGCCGACUUCCCCGACAAACUGCCCUAUGAACCCGGGCUGGACGCCCUCCCCGAGAAGAUCGACCUCGGCACCAUCAGCUCAGUCGUCUCCAACGUGUCCACAGCCCCGGACGCGGACGCCGCCGCCGGCGACGGUGAAGCUGACCAGUCCCCCGACUCGAGCACGCCCACGCUGCGCCACAACGGCGCGGCGAUCAGCAAACCGACAACGAAAAUCACCAUCUACUCCUUCAAAGACGACCUGACCAAUCCAAGCACCACCCCCAUCAGCCCCGACACGAACAAGACAUCCACCACAGCAGCAGCAGCGGUAACACCAAACGGCACGAGCAGCAGCGCCGAACCCAAGGAGGAGCCAGUCCUGACUCUGUACCCUCUCAACCACAGCCUGGCGUCGGAGUGGCUCGACGGCUUGCUCAUGCUGCUCAACCAGGCGCCCAUAACGGCCGAGACGAACAAGCUCGUUACGCUGAUCAGCGACUACGGGCUGAAGGUCCGUCUGCUCAAUGUCCGGCUGGAGCAGAUGUAUGCCGGUCCGGGGGUGCAGGGCGCCGGCGUGGUGCCGAGCAGGGAAGGGUUAGACGAGGAUUAUUUUUAUGCGAUUUGACGGCAGCCUUGUCUCUGGCCGUUUUCUUUUUUUUAUUUUUUUGUUGGCAACUAGCGGGCAAAGGGUAGCUUGCCCCUUUUCUUCGUCUCGUCCUGGGGACCUAGGUUACUUAGGCAUGGAGCGUUUGUCG